GCGUUACUUUCCAGAGUUUGUUGAAGAAAGGGAAAGCGAGAGAAAAAUAGUAACUGACUCUGCAAGAAAAGGGCCAAAAUUAAUGCUUUGUCUUUUAAAUCCUUUAAUUUAGGAUUCUUUUUUUCUCGACAUCUCUUCUUUAUUUUCUUUACCGCCCCUCUUAACAUUUUCUCUCUCUUUUUUUCUUUCUUAAUUUUCGAAUAUCAUGCAUAUUUUCAGGUCAAACAUGUUUUCAUCUUUCCAUAGUCGGAUUUUGCUUGAAGAUCUUAAUUAUUGUUGUUUGAUUAAAGCUUUCAUCUGUUUUAGUUGAUUGUCGUCCUUGUUUUUCGUUGAUUUCCAUGUUAAUUUUUUUUGUAGAUUCCAAUUCUUGGUAAUUAAGGUUAAAUGAUACCUUUUUUCUUGUUAAUCUGAGUUUGUUGUGUGUAAUUUUUAGGGUUCAAGGGUAAAUUGUCUUCUUCUUCUUCUUCUUCUUUUAUGUCUGCAUCUUUCUGAAUUUAUUCGAGAUAGAGAAAAAAAAAAAGAGAUGCAUAUUGAGGAAUUGAAAGAAGGGGAGCAGCAGGAUCAAGAUCAGAGUCAAUUGUGUGAAGAUAGAUUGGUUGUUUGGGACGCAAAAAGGGUUUUGGUGGGAGCGGGAGCACGCGCCCUUUUUUACCCAACGUUGUUGUACAAUCUUGUAAGGAACAAGAUCCAGUCUGAAUUUAGAUGGUGGGAUAGAGUUGAUGAGUUUAUUUUGUUAGGUGCCGUACCUUUCCCAGCAGAUGUUCCCCGGUUGAAGGAUCUUGGUGUCUCUGGAGUUGUGACCUUAAAUGAACCAUACGAGACUUUGGUCCCAACAUCGCUAUAUCAUGCACACAAUAUUCAUCAUUUGGUGAUUCCAACAAGGGAUUAUCUUUUUGCUCCUUCAUUUGCUGAUAUUUGCCAAGCUGUAGAUUUCAUACAUGAGAAUGCUUCUGUUGGAAAGACUACGUAUGUUCACUGCAAGGCAGGUCGAGGACGCAGCACAACCAUUGUUCUCUGCUACUUGGUGGAACAUAGGCAUAUGACUCCUGAUGCAGCUUAUGAGUAUGUGAGAUCUAUCAGACCUAGGGUCCUUCUGGCACCUGCACAGCAGCAGGCUGUUCAAGAUUACUAUCUUCACAAGGUCAAUAAUAAUGGAAUCUGUGGAGACUCUUGCUCAAUGAUAAUAAAGAAAACUCUAGUUGUACCUGCAAAACAGGAUACAGCGGUCUUCGAUGAUGGCUCUGUAGUUGUUGUAACAGAGUCGGACCUUGAUGGGUAUGACGCUAGCUUUGACACAGAUGUGUUAAGCAACGAGAUGUUGGAUGAGGGAAGCCUAGCUGGCAGGUUGCAGUUUGCUAGUCAAGCAGCUAUGACCAGGCUUUCUUGCCUAUGGUUACGCUGCCGUGCAGAACAAAAGGCAUCUAGGAAGUUAUUGAGCAGUCUUGGUAUCGACAUUCGGGUUUAUUGAUUGUUGGUAUCCAUCAAUUCAAGUUGUUAAAUUGAGUGUCUUUUUGUAUCAACGUUUCAAGUUUUGUUUUUCCGAAGUGCAUUGUGUUUGCUUUUGUGUUAUUUUCAUUUUUGGUCGGGUUAUACAGAGAAUGGAGUAUGUAUGUAUGUAUGUAUGUAUGAUAUUUGAUUCCUGUUUGACUCAAGUUGAGACGGUCAUGUAAGAGAGACAGAGAGCAAGUGUAGUUUUCCAAUCUUUCUUGAGGCAGAGAUAGAGGAAGAACCUGCCUAUUGAUAUUGGUUGGUAUGAUUUUUCAUCAAAAUGCUUCAAUUUUUACAACGGAAGUUUAAUUGUUUAA